GGAUGGGUUGUCUUUUAAGCAAGGAAGAUAAAAUAGCCUAUGAACGGUCGAAGGCAAUUGAUAAAGGCUUAAGGGCUUCGGAAAAAGCGAGAGAGAAGGACAUAAAGUUGCUUCUACUCGGUAAAUAGCACACCGGUGUUUCAUGCUUUUAGGCGCUGGCGAGUCUGGGAAAAGCACAAUCCUCAAACAGAUGAAGUAGGUCAUAUUGAGAAGCAAUCGAUUUCCCAGAAUUAUUCACGAUUCAGGAUACUCAAAAGAGGAACGUCUACAAUACAGACCUAUUGUAUUUAGUAACACAGCUCAGAGUAUGAUGGCCAUAAUUCGAGCAAUGGGCCAUCUAUAUAUUGACUUUGGAUCAAAAGAGUCUGACGAAGACGCACGCCUCUUGUUUGCAUCCGUUUCCACAAUAGAAUCGGGAAUCAUGCCACCAGAAGUUCAUCAAGCGAUUGCGAGAUUGUGGCAAGAUAGUGGUGUUCGGUCGUGUUUCAAGCGUUCCAGAGAAUAUCAGCUCAAUGAUUCUGCAGCGUACUUCUUCAACGACCUUGAACGCAUUGGUGCCAAAGAUUACAUUCCCACGGAGCAGGAUGUGCUACGCACACGUGUGCGGACGACCGGAAUAGUGGAGGCACAUUUUACGUACAGAACACUUAAUUUUCGGCUAGUGGAUGUAGGUGGUCAGCGUUCGGAGCGAAGAAAGUGGAUUCAUUGCUUUGAAGACGUAGAUGCAAUACUCUUUGUCGCAGCAUUAAAUGAAUACGAUAUGGGACUAGCAGAAGAGCACUCCACUAACCGAAUGGUUGAAUCGAUGAAGUUAUUUGAUUCGAUUUGCAACAAUAGUUGGUUCGCUGAUACCAGCAUGUUGUUGUUUCUGAAUAAGCGCGACCUUCUAAUGGAGAAAAUUGUCAGGUCUCCGUUGAAUUGUUGCUUUCCGGAAUACACAGGUGCAAACACCUACGAAGAGGCUUCUCUGUAUAUUCAGCACAGAUAUGAGGCAUUGAAUCGCAAACAAGCCACAAAGGAAAUCUAUACCCACUUUACUUGUGCUACUGACACAAGCAACAUUCAAUUUGUGUUUGAUUCCGUUACGGAUGUGAUUAUCCGAAGAAAUCUGGCUCGAGGAGGACUACUGUGAUACAUUUUUUACCCUGAUCUUUGAGUUCUACUUGAAGUACACACUUUCAGUAUCAACAACAAAUUUAAAAAAAACGAACGAAAUCACGUUCAACAAAUCAUGUUCAACCAAAUCCAUUUUAUACCAUAAUGCCCUUAACUGCUUUGUAAUGCACGAACGUAUUCCAUCCUGCUUGUCAGUGAUUAUGUACACAGAUAUUUUUUAACUUUUGAAGAAAACCGGUG